GCCUGGACUUCCUGUCCCACCCGCAUUUCGUGUCACUUCCGCGUGGCCAGUCAAGACUCAUCCAGCGAGCCGACGUUAUCCAAACGCUGUAAACAAAAGUUACUUAACGGUUUCGCCCCAGCGACACAUUGAACAAAGAGAAAUGCAUAUCAAAACAGGUACAUGGGACGUCAGCAACACUGUAUGUGAGUCGGAUGCCCUGUGUGAUCAAGCAGUAGUCCUCGUUUCAGCCACCAACUCGGAGCCACACAUUCGCAACCGUCGCCUGUCUCCCGGCUCAGGAAACUGCGGUGGUGGGGGUGGAGGCUGCAUCUCUGAAAGUGACCAGCGGCAGCUUUUACCUGAAGGCGACCUAAUUGGACCUGUUCACACACACAGUUUGAGCUUUCGCAGGGAAAAGGAGCGCAAGGGUCAGCAGCACAAAGGGCGCAGCCUCCGUAGGGAAAGCCAGAAGAGUUUCAGUCGAGUUGGUGGCCCAACGAAAGUUAGCCAAAAGGAGAGGUGGGUGGAGGACAGUCUGUCGCUGCUUAAGCUCCCUCCUGCUUUCCCAGUGCAGGACAGCCCAGCCAAACUGCAGCCUGCUGUCAGCUACGCCUCCAAGGUGAAGGCGGGUGCAGGAAACGGAGGGCUGGAUGAGGAUCGGCCUGCCAUCGGCGUGCUGCUACAAAACCAGUGGGGUCUAAGUUUUAUUAGCGAGGCGAGGCCGGUCACAGAGGGUCCCACUGCUAAUGUCCUCCCUACUCAGCACACAGACGCUAAGCAGUCAACAGAUCCACAGUCCAACACAGUUCUCACAGUUCAGCCCCCCGAAGAAAUGCCCGUUUUACUCGCUACCUCUGUCAACCCUGCCGCACAUCCAGAGGACGACGAGAGCAACGGAAAGCUGUUGCUCAGCUGUCCCCAUCUAGUGGAGGCAUUCAACUAUCACAAUAGAGAAUGGAAUACUACCCGUAACAGACAGAAAAAAGAUCCAGAUGGGGUUGUCUGGUACAAGGACAGCCAGGAGCACCCAGCCUAGCAGCACAAGAAGCCCAAAGUAUAUAUAAAUACAUACAGUACACACCUACAUGCACAUGAAAACACGUAAAGUCGGACAACUUUGAGUCCCUUUCACACACUGCACUCAGGAUGAUGUCUUCACGCAAAGCCACACUGAGACACUUUGAACUAACUCCUUUGAGAUCUUACAGCAAUGGACUUAAACGCCUUACAGCCUGCCUUAAGUAAUCUAUAUACAAUAUAAAUAAUCAUGUUUUCAACACCUUGUUACUAUUUUUAGCUUGUUCGCGUAGAGCUGUUCUGUGUUUUUCUUUUAAACAUCUGACAAGCUGUAAUUUAAAUGCAACCCCCCCCCCCCCCCCCUUUUUUUUUUUUUUUUUUUUUUUUUUGAAAACUGCAAUUUUAUCAGACUCUGUCCUCUGUAAAGCGAGUGGUCAAUCAAGCACUUUGUUUAAAAAAAAAAAAAAAAAAAAUCUGUGACCAAUUCCUGUGUGCAAGAAACCCUCACCAGAGUGAUUUAUUCCCCUGCCCCAAAUUAGAAGCAGAGCAGUGUCUUAUUCCUGCUCAAGUUUUAUGGUUCAUGUAUGCAGAGAAUUUCUGUAUGUCUCUUCGGUUUAGAGGCACAAUGGAGUUUACCCUUUACCAGUUCUUAAUGCUGUGUUCCUUUUAUUUGGUUGUCAUCAUAUUAGUAUUUGAUUUUUGAGGACAAUUUAAAUAAAAAUACACUGGAGAAAUGUAAGUGAACAGUAUUGCAUAAUAAAAAUGAAUAAACAUC